GUCUGAAAUUAUGGCAUUCAAUGUUAACUACAGUGGUGUAGUCAGUACUCUAUGGGGAAACAACCAUAUCAAGGAUAUUAAUUUAAAUGAGAGCAUUUGUUGUUCUAGCCAGUAUAUUUUCUUUCCUUCAAUGAAUCUUUUACGUUUUAGGACUGAGCUGAUUGUGUAUUUGUUUGUUUCAAAUCACAAAUUUAACAGGAGAAAACAGGAGAAGAAGCAGCAGCACCGGUAGUUUUUAACACUUUUGCCCUAGUACGCUUGCCGUAGUUUGACGUUUGCUUGCACUUUGUGUCGUUUCUUACAGACUAUUGUCGUCUUUUAUAUCAUAUUUCAUUGAGGUGAUAUUAUUUCACACAAGUUCAGGUUGAUCCGCUGCUUUGCAACACACAUUGUUUUCUGCCACUGCUUGUACGUAAUUUGUGGGAGGGAAAUCGCUCCGACUCUGAACUUCUCUUUAAGUGCUAGCUAACAGCUAAUCCAGCUGCCACUGAGCUAACGAUAAAAGCCUUCAACGCUCCCACUAUGAAUAAAAUUGUGUGCGUAUAAGCUGCUCCAUUGCAUUUAUGUUCAUGAUGGCUUCCAGUCAGAGGUGAACUGAAUAUUGAAUAUUUACAUCGUACGAGGUGUACUGCAGAGCUCAGCGUAAGGGUAUGGCUAGACUACGUAACUUUACUACAGCUGUGCUCCUCGUCGCCUUUGCUUUGUCAGCAUGUUUGUACGUCUGCCAACUGCCUGACCGUGACACCACACUGGUUAGAGAAGUCUAUGCCGAGCCAACUCAGACUGAAACACCUGAAAGGCUUGUUUACAAUAAUUCAGAAAAGCCACAGAACAUUUCAGCGGAGACGAUGGGAGCGCACCCAGAAAGCUCCCAGGAAGAGGCUGAUGUUUCCAGAGAUGACAAGUGCACCAUGGCUCCAGAGAGUCGGUUUGACUGUGCCAGGGACAGGCUUCUCAGUAAGGAAGAGUGUGAGGAGAGGGGCUGCUGCUACGCCCCCCUGCCUCACUCUACAGGACCCCCUUGGUGCUUCUAUCCCAGACUGUACCCCGGCUACAAAAUGGGACCGCUCACUCCCACCACGCGAGGCCAGACCGCCACGCUGACCCGAGACACCCCUUCCUAUCUCCCCAGAGACAUUUCCACUCUACACCUGGAGGUCAUAGAAGAGACUGAGAGCUGUUUGCACAUCACAUUAAAGGACCCAUCGUCUCAGCGAUACGAAGUUAAGCUCCCAGCUGUCGUUUCUCAGAGCAAAGCCGAUACCCAAGAUGCCCUCUAUGCCACUGAAUAUCAGUCUGACCCAUUUGGCUUCAUAGUGCGGAGAAACUCUAAUGGAAGAGUGAUUGUGAAUACCACAGUCGCUCCUCUGCUGUUUGCUGACCAGUACUUGCAGCUGUCCACUGCACUGGCCUCUCCCCUUGUGUCUGGUCUUGGGGAGCAUUACACUUCGCUCCUCCUGGACCUCAACUGGACUUCUUUGACUCUCUGGAACAGAGAUAUGGCGCCUCAUGCUGAUGCCAACCUCUAUGGCUCCCACCCAUUUUACAUAGUACAGGAGGAGGACGGCUUGGCGCAUGGCGUUUUCCUCCUCAACAGCAAUGCAAUCGAGGUUAUGUUGCAGCCGACCCCUGCUCUCACGUGGGUGGCAGUUGGAGGAAUCCUGGAUCUGUACAUUUUCUUGGGUCCCGACCCUCAAAGCGUUGUACGACAGUACUUCCAGGUGAUUGGGUAUCCUAUGAUGCCUCCCUAUUGGUCACUGGGCUUUCAUCUGUGUCGCUGGGGUUACACCACCACUAAUACAACCCGACAUGUGGCACAACGCAUGCACAAUGCUAAAUUUCCCAUGGAUGUGCAAUGGAAUGAUCUGGACUAUGCAGAUAAGCGCAGGGUAUUCACCUUUGACCCCUGGCGAUUUGGGGACCUUCCAGAGAUGGUGGAGGAGUUCCACAAGAGAGGCAUGAAGUACAUCCUCAUCCUGGACCCAGGGAUCAGCAGCACCAGCCCCCCUGGAACUUACCCUCCCUUUGAUGACGGACUGAAACGAGACGUCUUCAUUAAAAAUAGUACAGGACACAUCCUGAUAGGAAAGGUUUGGCCAGGCCCAACAGCCUUUCCCGACUUUACCAACGCUGAGACGAGACACUGGUGGGAGGACUGCAUCAGAGAUUUUCAUUCUAAAAUUCAUGUGGAUGGUUUGUGGAUUGAUAUGAAUGAACCGUCCAGUUUUGUGCAGGGCUCAGUGGAGGGAUGUCCAGAUAGUGAUCUUGAGAACCCACCUUACACACCCAGGGUGGUCGGAGGCCAGUUGAACUCAGGAACUAUUUGUAUGUCGGCUCAGCAGAAGCUGUCCACUCACUACAAUCUGCACAACAUGUACGGACUGACAGAAGCUUAUGCCACGCACAGCGCUCUUAUGAAGGUGCGGGGGAAGAGACCCUUCGUCCUGUCUCGCUCCUCCUAUCCUGGCAUCGGACGCUUCUCUGCAGUGUGGACAGGUGACAUCAGGAGUGACUGGGAGCAGCUUCGAUAUUCCAUCCCUGCGGUGCUGCAGUUCAGCCUGUUUGGGGUGCCACUUGUGGGGGCGGACAUUUGUGGCUUUGGAGGCAACACCACAGAGGAGCUGUGUGUACGAUGGAUGCAGCUUGGGGCCUUCUACCCAUUUAUGAGAAAUCAUAAUGACAAGCCGAACGCUCCUCAGGAGCCUUAUGUAUUUGGGCAGAAAGCCCAGGCAGCCAUGAGGAGUGUGUUGAACCUUCGUUACUCCCUUCUCCCGUUCCUCUACACACUCUUCCAUCACGCACACACCUCUGCUGCCACUGUGGCCCGGCCUCUCUUCAUGGAGUUUCCCACUGACCCUAACAGUCAGACCAUAGACCGACAGUUCCUGUGGGGGAGUUCACUUCUCAUUAGUCCAGUCUUAGAGCAAGGGACGGUAGAACUGGCUGCUUACCUGCCCUCUGGCACUUGGUACAGUCUGCACAAUGGUCAGCCGUUCUACAGUAAGGGUCAGUACCUGCUCCUGCCAGCCCCGCUGGACACCAUCAACGUCCAUGUGAGGGAAGGACACAUUAUCCCUCAGCAGGAGCCUGCGUUGACAACCACAGCCUCACGCAGAAAUCCUUUCUUCCUGACUGUGGCACUGUCAGCAGACGGCUGGGCCUGGGGUGACUUGUUCUGGGAUGAUGGGGACAGUCUCAACACCUUCGAGAUGGAAAAUUAUUGUUAUGUUAUCUUCAUUGCAGGACAGUCUCAGGUGGUGAGUGAUCCUGUCAGAUUGAAUGGCGCCCUUGAUGGUCUGGUGCUGGGAGGGCUGCAGGUGUUCGGGUUGCCCUCACCACCCGUCUAUGUAUUAGCCAAUGGGGACAAAGUCAGGGAUUUCACGUACCGCAGUGACACACAGGUGUUGACUGUGGGCAGUCUGGCUUUGCCCAUGUCAGAGGUUUUUACAGUCCAAUGGGUUCUCUGAAGCACUGAACUUUGUUAGCCAAGAGGAUUUGGGAGCCUUUGAAUUCUUCACUGCUGUUGAAAAUGCCAGCUGAUUUCCCUGAGCCAUUCCAACCAUCCCAGAGCUCAAGAUGCACUUAACACUUUUCUCUGCUGCUUUGUUCAAAUAGAAAAGUAGUGCAGCAGGGUUUUAAAAUGUCGAUGAUAUCAAACAGAUGGAGCAAUCGUCCUGAUGUAUCUGUUUUUACUUGCUAGAUCAGUUUUGCUGCUGCUAACUGCUGCUCUGAAUCAAGACAAUCUAUAAUAAAUAAAUCAUGUUUGUACAUCUUUUUUUACUGGAAAUGCACUGUAAAUAAAAAUGGUGAAACCUU